GCAUGGGUUCGAGCAGAGUUUACGACCAAAUAUAAUACAUAUUCCUACGAAGGUAGAAUUUUUUAUUAUAUGUACGGAAUUGAUCUUUCUUGCAACCAAUUAAGUGGUCAAAUACCUAAGGAGCUCAGUAAUCUUACCCAAAUUCAUUCUCUGAACUUGUCACAUAACCACCUUACUGGAGCGAUACCGUCACAAUUUUUGAAUCUCAAAAAUAUUGAGAGUUUGGACCUAUCAUACAACAACUUGACUGGAAGGAUUCCCACUCAACUUCUAGAAUUGACAACUCUAGCAGUGUUUAGCGUGGCACAUAAUAAUCUAACAGGUAUGACUCCACAGAGGACGGCACAGUUUGGAACUUUUAAUGAAAGCAGUUAUGAGGGAAAUCCUUUUCUUUGUGGUCUUCCAUUACAUAUCAGUUGCAUGGAGACUAAAGAGAUACCAAUGUCACCUCCUGGACCAGAUUGUUGUGAAGAAGAUACUGGUUUUCUAGAUAUGGAGUCGUUCUAUAUUUCCUUUCUUGUGGCAUAUGCAAAUGUGGUGCUCGUAGUGAUUGUAGUCCUCUGGGUUAACCCCUACUGGAGAAAUGUUUGGUUUUAUUAUGUUGAGUCUUUCAUGUAUUCUUGUUACUACUUUUUUGCUUCCAAAAUGUAAACCUUACAUAUUAAGGUUACUUUCAAGUAAAUCAUAUUCUGUUCCUUAUACCUUCUUGUUUCCUAAUACUAGGGGU